AUGGAAGCCAAUGCUCUAAUUUCCAGAGCCAAUAAUGCUAGCACAUACAACUUUGGUAACAGCAACUGUAAAUUUUGGAAAUUCGACUGGCACACACCGGUGAAACCCAGGCCAAGCGGAAGUGCGCCCGCUGAAAAAUCCGACGGGAACGAUAAUAACGACGAAGAGCUGUACAAUUUCAAGUAUAAAACAUGGCUUGCAAGCGAAAAUGCGGCUUGGGAUGUUCUGAGUGCAAAUCCCAACGAAACCAUUGAUCUCUCUUUGUUCGAUAGAACACAACAAGUAGGGCAGACCACUAAACAAAGUAAUCACAACAACAAUGGACCGUCAAUCAAUGGCCAAAAUACUGCUGAUAACGGACUGUCUGCCGAUGAUAUAAGAGGCGCUGUGGGUGGUCAGGAGUCGUUGCCCGGGUUUACCACGCAGGAAGAACCUGAGGAUCGUGUGCGAGAACAGAGCGCAGUAGUUGGAAAAACUACAGAGAUCAGUGACUCCCCAGCUCAAACGAACGCGAGUAAUAGUGGCGAAGAUAUUCCAGAGAGUAAAAUUGGCGAGGCUGACGGCGAUAUCAAGCUGGACUGA